ACACAAGGAGGAGUAACAUGCUGAUGUUUGGUUAAAGGCACAUUAGGAAGGGAAAAGAAGAGGCGAUUAGAGUCAGAUAUAGCACGGAGACACAAACAAACUCUUAAAAACCGGCCAACCAGAGAGAACUCUGUUUACAUGUGUGUUUUGUAGAAGUUGAGAAGAAACGCUGUAAUCAUAGCUUACGAGUGCAGGGGUCACAAAAUGCUGUACAGGGUUUUCUUGGCUGUGCAUUUUGCUGCGUGGAUCAGCUCCUGUGUCUUCACCUCUGCUGAGGAUCCACACAUGACCAGAGCUCUGAAGCUCAUGUCUGAGACGCCGCUCAUUGACGGUCACAACGACUUGCCUUGGCAACUUCGAAAGCAAUUCAACAAUCAGCUCAACAAAGUGGAUCUUAAAACCCUUAACACAACACACACCAACAUCCCUAAGAUCAAGGAUGGACGACUGGGAGCACAGUUCUGGUCGGCCUAUGUUCCCUGUGACACUCAGUACAAAGACGCAGUGAGACAAACACUGGAGCAGAUCGAAGUGGUUCACAGGAUCUGCAAAGAAUACCCGCAAUUCUUCGAGUUUGCCGUCAGUAGCGGAGACAUCCUGAACGCCUUCCGCAAGAAUAAGACUGCCAGCCUAAUUGGGGUGGAGGGGGGUCACUCCAUAGACAGCAGUCUGGCCACCCUGCGCAUCAUGUACCAUCUGGGGGUUCGAUACCUCACCCUCACGCACUCCUGCAACACACCGUGGGCGGAUAACUGGCUUGUUGACACAGAAUCAGAGCCAUCGCAACACAAUGGCCUCUCUCCAUUUGGCAAGCAACUAAUUGAGGAAAUGAACCGCAUGGGGAUGCUGAUUGACCUGGCUCAUGUGACAGUUGCGGUCAUGAACCAGGUGCUGGACAUGUCCAAAGCUCCCGUCAUCUUCAGCCACUCCUCCGCCUACAGUGUCUGUCCACAUAAGAGGAACGUCCCCGAUGACAUUCUCAAGAAAGUUAAAGCAAAAAAUGGGAUCGUCAUGGUGAACUUCUACAAUGACUAUGUGACCUGCAGCCACACUGCAAAACUUUCAGACGUCGCUGAUCACUUUGACCACAUAAAGAAAGUGGCUGGGGCUGAUAUCAUCGGAUUUGGCGGGGAUUAUGACGGAGUUACCAGACUACCAGAGGGUUUGGAGGACGUGUCCAAGGUGCCCAACCUCGUGGCUGAGCUGCUGAGAAGAGGAUGGACUGAUGAGGAGGUCAAAGCUGCUCUGGGAAAUAAUCUUCUCCGGGUUCUGAAAGAGGCUGAGAUGGUCCGUGACAGUCUGAUAGACAAGGCUCCAAAUGAUGUUCCUAUUCCAUAUGAGGAGGUGAAGGAGAACCAGUGCAGGACGAGCUACGGGUACGACGUGAAGGACGCUGGACAUUUCCACUCCCUCAGCACUCUGGCCCUGCUGCUCACACUGCUACUGCAGGUUCUCGUCACAGUAGCCGCUUCAUAGGCUGACGAUGUGCAACUCAAGAGUUUGCUUAUGAAUACUUAAGAAAAAAAUCAGUCUUAAAUGUCUAGCCCCGUCAGACACCCUCGAUUUACAUCUAACAGCUUGAUUCAUAUCUAACUUUAAUUGACUUUUACAUGUAAACACUGUUUAGUAACAAAGUUUAGACAACAAUAAAGUCAGUGGAAUAGAAAUAAUCACGUCCAGUCACGUUUGGCUUGAUAAGGUUUGAGUCAUCUUGUUUUUAACACAAAUAAAAGUCACACAAGUGUAAUGUGAAUAAACAAAGACACACAAAGUGUUCCCUAUUCCAAAGUGGAAGUGCUCCAUCUAGUGUUCAGAACGGGUUGUGCGUUUGAUUUGAUUGUUUUCAAAAUGCCACUGUUGUUGUUGUUUGUUGAUCACGUGUUUUAAGAUCUGAGAAGUUGAUUUGGUUCUGUUAACUGAUGACAUUAUAAAAAAUAAGACGCAGGUUAGAAAGAGCAUAUGAACAAAAGUAAAAAUCUAUCACACACACACACACACACACACACAAAAGACAACCUUGAAGACUUCAACAUCCUGCUGAAGCACUUAAGAAAAUAUCCACCACUCAUCCUCCGUCACCGAUUCUGUUAAAUUCUAAAGUAAUAAAAGCAUUUUUUUUUUUUAAAUAAUAAAAUCAAAUAAAAUGAAUAAAUUGUUGUGUUGGUAAAUCCAAAUUCUCCAAGGACACAAAGCUGUGACCUUUUGUCUGCAUGAUGCUUCUCAUAUUUGGAACACUGUAAAUGAAAAAAAAUAAACAAUUAGUAAAUAACA